UGCAUGCAGUGCUGCAACCACUCCGACACCUUUGACACGUGCCUGGACAUUGCACUCCAUAUUAAUAACUCAUCAGAUCUUGUGGAGGCAUUUGAAGAGUUUUUUAACAAGGAGACGCUGGACGAAUACACCUGCGGAAUGUGCUGCUGCAAGGGGGAAGCGACGAAGACGAUGGCUCUCCACCGCCUGCCCAACGUCCUCACCGUCUCCAUCAAGCGGUACAACCUCUACGGCGUCAAGAUCAACCGGAACAUCACCUACCCGGAGCACCUGGACAUGCAACCCUUCACCUCAACGUCUCAGGGCGAGCCCGCGAUCUACUCCCUGUACUCGGUGCUGGUGCACAAGGGAGCCAACUCCAACAGGGGUCAUUAUUAUUGCUACAAUAAGAUCAGCGAUGGACAAUGGUGCUGCAUGAACGACUCUAUCGUGCGGCACGUCGACACCAAGGCUGUGAUGAAUAAGCAGGCCUACGUGCUCUUCUAUAUUCGGUCCCCAGAAUUGAACGCGCCGCCAGCGGAGAGCUACUGCCCGCUGGAGCACGUCAAGGCGACGUCCUGGUCGUGCCUUAAGCGGCCCCACUCGGCGAAGGAAGACCCCGGACCCAGUUACCGGACAGCAGCUCUCCUCACCGGCGCGCAAGAAACCCAAGAUGUCGGACCGCCCCAACGGGAACAACUGCCGGAGCCACUGCAAGUGCGACGGCAGGAACAGCAGCAGCAGCAGCAGCUACCGGCAACGCCAGACACGCAACAGCCGUUGCCGCUAGUCCCAGAGCAGCCACCACCACCACCCCGAUCUCACAGCAGCCGCUGCCAUUCCACCAGCAACCACCGCCAGUCCUGCAGCAGCCACCAGUCCUGCAGCAGCCACCACCACCGCCGCAGGUCUCAUAGAAGCCGCCGUCAGCACCACAGCAGCUGCUGCCACCGCGUGUCCCACAGCAGCCAGUCCAACAGCAGCCAGUCCAACAGCAGCCACCAGUCCCACCACAGCCACCGCCACUCUGGUCGCACAGCAGCCACCACCGGUGUAACAACUGGCACUCGCCCCACCAAGAUAAGUCGCUGGUUAAAAUCCAUGAUCACGUGUCUAACCUCUUGCUUCCCCUCAAGAUCAAACUAAUUUUGAGAGACAUUUUACGAAGGCACCAGGCAGAGGCUCACCAUGGCGUCGCCCGCCCCCCAAAAUGUAUUCAUCGCCGGCUCCACCACCAGCCUCUGAAAUCACUUGAACAUCAUUGGAAUCACCUUAGACUCGACAUUCUCACUCGACGACCACAUUCUCAACACAAUAAAGAGCUGCAAUCACUAGCUCAAGGCCUCAUGCACGCCCGUCCAAUGCUGACAGCCGUCCGACGAGAUAGAAAACAUUUAAAGCAACUCUGACCUCACAAUCCACGAAGAAAGAAAAUAUUUUUAAGUUCACUAGGUUUGCUUUCUACCUGAUGACGAUUGCUUGUGUUGCAAUCGAAACGUCGUAUUCUAUUAUUUAAUUUAUUUAUUUUCUACGUGACUUUACCGAAAGAACCAAAGAGUAUUUACACUAUGAGACCUCCUUUACCAGUGACAAACGAGGUCUCAUAGUGUAAAUGCUUACCCCGAGCUCUCAAUACUCUGAUAGUGUGCUGUUUUUGAGUUGUACGCCUUUUGGCGUCUUCUGGUCCAACACCAAUGGAGACUAGGCUCUAAGAAAAGCUGUCUCGGGUGUGGACCAAUCAACUUCAAGGACAGUGCAUAUCAUUAUCAAAGUUGUUUCUUUUUAUUUGCAUUUUGACUGCUUGUGUUGUGGUUAUUGCAAACAUGAUGCCUUGUAUAAAGGUGUCAGUUUUGUACCAGUUUAAAGGGUAAAAACCUACUAUAACCAAAGAGUAAUUCAUGCAAUCACGAAAGCUUCAAAUCAAGUUUUAAUCCACGAAGACUUGAAACACCCAGCACGAAAGUGCUUAAAAUCACGCCAGCCAUUCUGGGAAACAGGAGCCAAGAUCCAUGCAGGCGGCACCAACCCAUUAUGUCUUGGGGUUGAUGUUUAUUCCCUGGCCAAUCGUCAAGAGAGUUGGCACCAGGAACGUCACUGUGAUGGUGACCGCAAAAUGAACUGUCCCAUUACAAAUGAAGACCGAGAUUGCAUCCUCCGCAACGCGAGGCCGGAGUGCGGUCUCAGUGAGGUCGUGCAAGGUAUUCCCGUACGGUUCUUGUCUCUGUUCAUGUAAAAUGCGGGGCUUUUAUUUUGCGUUGUCUCGGGGAUUAAAAAAGUAACCGCUGUUGCAAAGUAUUUAUUUAUUGAACUGUGAAUACGUCGGCAUUUUUUAAACUACAUAUCUGUUACUUUUUUUUUAUGUACGGGGCGUGCACAUUUCAAUGGACACGCUAACCGUAGCGCCAAGCCGUUACCACGUGAAAUGUACGGAUAAAUGAUGAACUUCGCCAAGCACUUUAUUUCCAUCAUCCACGAUACCUCCAGAAAUAGCGGUUUCUGAACUCGUGAAUGUAGAUCGGUGACAAUUCGGUCUCCUCGGGGUUUUUAUCGUUUGUGCAAAAGCAGCUCAAAGUGUGGGAAGGGAAAGCGAGAUUAAUGUUUUCCAGAGAUUUUGUCUACCUCGUUUUGUAUUUGUGUAAUGCGGGCGUAAAUGGGCGGGGCGGAUAUGACGAUCCGAGAGGGAGGAGUCAGGGUGACGUGGGGGAGAAGUUAUAGCGGGGAGACAGGAAGCUAUCUGGGUCAGUCGGGGGAGUGAAGGGUGGUGAACACGUUGGGUGGUCGCCGUGCCUCAGCCUGGUGGCUGAGGGGCUCAUGACGGCGCCAGCCAGCGGGGUGGAAGAGAGAGUGGAGGAUUGAGGUAGGAAGUGGCGAGAUAGCCACAGAGGCCACGAAGGGCUGAGGUAGGAAAUGGCGAGAUAGCCACAGAGGCCACGAAGGGCUGAGGUAGGAAAUGGCGAGAUAGCCAUAGAGGCCACGAAGGGCUGACAUUGGGAGGUGGCGAGAUCGCCACGCACGGAGGAACAGGGAGCAGAGAUGGAGCUGCUGGGGGAGCAGCCAGAGGGCUGUAC